CCGCACCGGGGUGGACGGUGCGGAUCGCGGCGGCGUCGGCGGGGCCGGCUGUCCGGUCCUUCCCCCGGGCCCUGCUCUCCUCCCUCCGUCCCUGUCCCGGCCUCGGCAGCCGUCGCAGGCUUUCCGAUCUCUCCCUCACCCCUUCCUGACCGCGGUGCCUCAUUCCCGUUCCCCGGCCCCCGGCCUCCGUGUGUCGGGGCGAGCGAGGGGGUGCCUUGCGGAGCCGGACAAGACAAGGACGACCCUCCAGCCCAGCCCCGCGACCCCGCCGCCGCCAUGGCCAUGAGGCAGACGCCGCUCACCUGCUCGGGCCACACGCGGCCCGUGGUGGAUCUGGCCUUCAGCGGCAUCACGCCUUAUGGCUAUUUCUUAAUCAGCGCUUGCAAAGAUGGUAAACCUAUGCUACGCCAAGGAGAUACCGGAGACUGGAUUGGAACAUUUUUGGGUCACAAAGGUGCUGUCUGGGGUGCAACGUUGAAUAAGGAUGCCACCAAAGCAGCCACAGCCGCUGCGGAUUUCACAGCCAAAGUGUGGGAUGCUGUUUCAGGAGAUGAAUUGGUGACCCUGGCACAUAAACACAUUGUCAAGACUGUGGAUUUCACACAGGAUAGUAAUUAUUUGUUAACUGGUGGACAGGAUAAACUGUUACGCAUAUAUGAUUUGAACAAACCUGAAGCAGAACCUAAGGAAAUCAGUGGUCACACUUCUGGUAUUAAAAAGGCUUUGUGGUGCAGUGAGGAUAAACAGAUUCUUUCAGCUGAUGAUAAAACUGUUCGCCUUUGGGAUCAUGCUACUAUGACAGAAGUGAAAUCUCUAAAUUUUAAUAUGUCUGUUAGUAGUAUGGAGUAUAUUCCUGAAGGAGAGAUCUUGGUUAUAACUUAUGGACGAUCUAUUGCUUUUCAUAGUGCAGUAAGUUUGGACCCAAUUAAAUCCUUCGAAGCUCCUGCAACUAUCAAUUCUGCAUCUCUUCAUCGUGAGAAAGAAUUUCUUGUUGCAGGUGGUGAAGAUUUUAAACUUUAUAAGUAUGAUUAUAAUAGUGGAGAAGAGUUAGAAUCCUACAAAGGACACUUUGGUCCUAUUCACUGUGUGAGAUUUAGUCCUGAUGGAGAGCUUUAUGCCAGUGGCUCUGAAGAUGGAACACUGAGGCUGUGGCAAACUGUAGUAGGAAAAACAUACGGCCUUUGGAAAUGUGUGCUUCCUGAAGACGACGGUGGAGAGUUGGCCAAGCCCAAGAUCAAUUUCCCAGAGACAGCGGAAGAGGAGCUAGAAGAAAUUACCACAGAGAAUUCAGAUGCCAUCUAUUCUUCAACUCCUGAAGUUAAGGCCUGAGCAUGAAGCAUUUACCACAGAUAAUAAACAAUGUAUGGACUAUGAAGAGCAAGCAGAAAAAAGUGUCUGCCUUCCAGAGUUACUCUGUUUAGGACAAACACAGCAGUAAAUAAUGGGGAAUACGAAUGCUGAAACAAGUAACUUGGUGUUACCUGUGAGUGGAAACUCAAGAGUAGCUGAUGGAGGCAGGUGGAGUUAUACUCUUAUCAUACAACAGCCUGUUGUCUUUUUAAUGAAUAUGUGCAAGCCAACAUACCAUUUCUCUUAUUACAAUUAGAUUUCCUGUAGCUGUUUAUGUUAUUAUGAAAAAGACAAAUAUAUUGGCCUAUUUUUCUGACUUUUCCCUUAAAACGAAACGCUUUUGUUUUUUCUUGUUUACUUGUAAAGAGGAGGGAAUACAGGAUAAAAGUAACUGGUUUGAUUUCCUUGUACCUGCUUUGGAACAUCUAAUUGUUUUUAGUUGUCUAAAUAAAAUGGCUCUAAAACAAAA